AGUAGUGGGAGUCUGGGAGAAGGCGACGAAGAAGAAUAAUGACGAGAAUGCUAGACGAAAAAUAGAGGGGACAGUACACUGUUUAGUGAACGUUAAGUUAACGCCGUUACCUCUUAUUAUUACUAGUGAAAAUAGCUGCAUUAAAUCUGCUAAACCAUGACAGAGCCCCAGUCAGCGCUGUUACUCAGGAGACAGCUUGCAGAGCUGAACAAAAACCCAGUGGAGGGGUUCUCAGCAGGCCUGAUUGAGGAUAAUGAUCUGUACAGAUGGGAAGUCCUUAUCAUCGGGCCUCCAGACACACUGUAUGAAGGUGGCGUUUUUAAAGCUCAUCUGACAUUUCCCAAAGACUAUCCGCUCAGGCCGCCAAAAAUGAAAUUUAUCACAGAUAUUUGGCAUCCUAAUGUUGACAAGAACGGAGACGUAUGUAUUUCUAUUUUGCACGAGCCUGGGGAGGAUAAGUAUGGCUAUGAGAAACCGGAGGAGCGCUGGCUACCCAUCCACACCGUGGAAACCAUCAUGAUUAGUGUUAUCUCUAUGCUGGCAGACCCCAACGGCGACUCACCAGCCAACGUGGAUGCAGCGAAAGAGUGGCGGGAGGACAGACACGGCGCAUUCAAAAGAAAAGUUGCCCGUUGUGUACGAAAAAGCCAAGAGACUGCAUUUGAGUGAUGUUUAGCGAGGAUCUAGUUUCAUGUUUUCAGGGUCUCAAAUUGAAAAUCAACACGGCACUGUCUCCUGCACUCUUCCACCCUGUGGCCAGACUCAUCCUCCUCUGUCUCGUGGACGGACCGGACUGGCCUCUGUAGGCUGCAAUAGAACCUAACAGUGACUACCAAGGCUGACAGAAAAUGACCAAGCAAGUGCCAAGUCAAAAAGAAAAAAACACACACCAACAACCGACAAAAUGAUGACAACAACAACAGGAAAAUAAAAAAAAAAAAACAGAAGACGAUUCACAGUUUUUCAAGUCUAUGAA